UAACCUCAGAAAACAAACAUUUCCCUCUUCUUUAACGCUUAAAAUUAAUUUAACAAUUUCGUUGUAAUUUCUGUAAAAAAUGACAUCAUUCAAUUUGGGAGACAUUUCUGCGUCGCUAUCUGACGUCAAAAGCAGCGGAGUCAGUUUCCUCGGACAAGCCUUAAAAUGGGAAAACGAGGAACAAGUAAAGCCCCUCGUGGAAGCAAUAAACGCAUGCAAAAGCUUGAAAUAUCUCGAGUUGGAGGGAAACACGUUGGGUGUUGAAGCUGCCAAACACAUUGGAGAAGCCCUGAAGAAACAUCCGGAGCUGGAAAAAGCUCUGUUGAAGGAUUUGUUCACGGGUCGCAUGAAAACGGAAAUUCCGAUUGCGCUUGAAAGUUUGGGCGAAGGCAUGACGAUAGCGGGAGCACAUUUGACCGUUUUGGAUUGCAGCGACAAUGCGUUGGGUCCAAAUGGCAUGACGGGACUCGUUGAUCUCAUUAAAAGUAAAACUUGUUACAGUUUGGAGGAACUCAAGCUCAAUAACUGCGGUUUGGGAAUUCAGGGCGGCAAAAUGUUGGCAAGCGCCUUGCUCGAGUGUCACAAGAAGGGAAGUGAAGCUGGAACUCCGUUACGCUUGAAGGUUUUUAUUGCGGGUCGAAAUCGCUUGGAGAAUGACGGAGCAAAGGCACUUGCGGAAGUCUUCAAAACGGUAAAAACUUUGGAGGAAAUCGCAAUGCCUCAAAAUGGAAUUUAUCACGUUGGAAUUACCGCGCUUUCGGAUGCCUUCAAGGAAAAUCCAAACAUUAAAAUUCUCAAUUUGAACGAUAACACGAUUGGACCAAAGGGAGCUGAAGCAUUGGCGGAAGCUUUCUUCAGCAUGCAAAAAUUACAAGAAAUCAAUUUUGGGGAUUGUCUUUUGAAGACGAAGGGAGCUUUGGCUAUCGCUGAUGCCAUUCAAGAUCAACAUUUGGAGCUGGAAACUCUUAAUUUUGGCUUUAAUGAAAUUCACGCCGAUGGAGGUUUUUGCAUCGCAGCCGCCAUGGAAAAUAAGAGAUUGCUUAAAAGCUUGGAUUUGAACGGAAAUAUGUUUGGAUCUGAGGGUCGUGAACAAAUUGUCGAUAUGAUGGAAAAAUAUGACUUGGCUGAUUGUCUCGUGGAAAUGGAUGAAGAUGACUCUGAUGGAGGAGAAGAAGAGGAAUCUGGCGACGAAGACAGCUACGACGAAGAAGCCGAAGAAGAAGAGACUGACGAAGACGAAAGUGACGAGGUAGAGUACGUGCCAACGCCCGGCGUGAACUCCAGUUUGAACAUCUUUAGUGGAUCUGCCUUAGAUUCGACCGCCGACAUGAGUCGAGUCUCCAUUGGUGACGACACAGAAGCUUCUGACAAUCCCGUUGAAGCCUUCUGUAACGCCCAAUAUCCAUCCGAAGCGAUGUUCCAAGCUAUUUCCGACACUGACAAAACUACAGCGUUACGAGAGCAUCUCAAGACAAUUUCCGAGGAAAAUUACCUCCCAUAUCUCGUAUUUACCGUCUUGAAAUGCGCCGAAUUAUCGGAAAAAUCCAAAGAAGCCCUCGAUGUUGCCACGGAACUCUUCAAAGACGUCUACGAGCACGCCCAAAAGAAGGAUCGUCUCCACAGUGUUCGGAAUUUCUUCGCCAUUCAACUGGGACUCCUCAAAUGUGAAGAUAAAAUGUUCAAACCACGAUAUAAUGUUCAAGGAUGCCGAUAUGCAUUGAAGACAGUAUUGACUCAAAAUAUCGUUCCGAGCGACGAGAAAAAUAUUUUUGAGUUUUUACUUGAGCAACAACAAGCUGACGCCCAAUAAUAAAUCCGCUCACAAACACGUUAAAUUAUUGAUUUUCCAAAAUUGUUUUUUGUUAAAUUUUUUUUCCAUGAUAUUUAAUUGUAAUUUGUGUUAGAAUAAAAAAAAAACAAUAAGAAUUCAGACCAAAAAAACUUAAAAAAUUGU